GACCAUGGAUCCCAUCUCUCUGCGGGUUUAUGUGGCCUUAAGUUUAUUGGUGCAAUUUAUUUCGGCCAGUCCCAUCAUGGGCUUGGAAGAAGACUUGCCUUUAUAUGAUGAAGUCCUCACGGAACAGGAUGGGUUUGAUUUCAACUCCUUGCUGGAAACGAUGAAAGAUGACUUACUGAAAACUCUCAACCUAUCUGGGAUCCCAAUUCAGGCACCUGUCAAGGUGGAGCCUCCAGAAUACAUGCUGGAACUCUACAACAAGUUUGCAAAGGACAGAACCACCAUGCCCUCAGCUAAUAUCGUACGCAGCUUUAGAAAUGAAGAUUACUCAGUGCCCUACAAUGAUGCCUUGGGUGUGAGGAAGUUUCAGCUGCUCUACAAUGUUUCAAUACCUCACCACGAGUUAUUAGUCAUGGCGGAACUUAAGCUCUACAUGUUAGUUCCAAGAGGCAAUGUAAUGUACAAAGGAGCGGGCAGGAAAGUCACUGUUUACGAAAUACACAGUGAGGGAGAGGGAACACGAAAGGCGGUGGAAUUGGCUUCCAGGUUGGUCUACAAAACCAGCAGUGACUGGGAGAUGUUUGAUAUCACAGAGGCUGUGCGGCGCUGGGGUAGAUCAGAAUUUACAACUCACAGACUGGAAGUCCACAUACAGAAUCCAGAUAUUGAUCUAGAAGAUGGUGGAGAAGACAAACUAGACAUAGAUGUUAAACCAGAAACCAAGCAUGAACCCUUGCUGGUUGUUUUUUCAGAUGACCAAAGUAGCGAGAGGAAAGAAGAGAAAGAGGAACUGAAUGAUAUGAUUAGCCAUGAGCAGCUGCUGACUCAGGACAGCACAGAAUUUGGUGAAGCAAAUAACAUGCCCAGUGAGGAAUCCUUGCUGCAAAUGAGAUCCAACAUUAUUUAUGAUGCCAGCUCCCGAACCAGGAGAAACGCAAAGGGCAAUUACUGUAAAAAGACUUCACUCUACAUCGACUUCAAAGAAAUCGGAUGGGAUUCCUGGAUCAUAGCGCCCACCGGCUACGAGGCUUAUGAGUGUCGUGGAGUGUGCUCUUACCCACUGACAGAGCAUGUCACACCAACCAAACACGCCAUAGUGCAAACACUGGUUCACAUGAAGAACGCCCAAAAGGCAUCCAAAGCCUGUUGUGUUGCCACCAAACUGGAUCCCAUAUCUAUCCUCUACAUGGAUGCAGGAGUGAUGACCUACAAGUACAAAUACGAGGGCAUGGUGGUUUCAGAGUGUGGGUGCAGAUAGUAGUUGUGUAAUACCGGUUCUUGUAAAUUUGUACAUUUUGUAUUUCCUUAUUUAAAGAGUUUAUUUAAGUGUGUACAGAUAAUAUAAGUUUUUAAAAAUUUGUUUAAAAAUAGGCCAGUUUUACCAAGCAAUGCAGAGUAAUAUGGCGCUGUCUAUUCUGUCGUAAUGUUGAGCUAUGCCAUGUCCUAUUGCUUUGUAGAGCAAAGUAAAACAGGGUCUCUGUCUUCUUCUCUGUUGGUCACUUCAUCUCUAAAUGGGGUUUAACUGUAAGACGUUUGCUAAGAUUGGCACCCACAGCCAAUAACUAGACUGAUUUAUGCAUUUACAUGCUACUAAGUGUUAUUGGGACUGUACAACAAAAAAAAACCAAGGUGCCCAGGACUGGGGCAUUAUCUCUUAGCAUGAGCUGCUGUGACACCUCAGCAACCCAGUGGACUUUAAUUUGAAUGUAGACAAAUCUUGUCCUGCCUGCACUGUUGAUUUUAUUGGACCUUUCUUUCUUUUAGUCUCAACAACUAUGUUACUAUAUGUAAGGCAACAAAUCAUGAACCUAUGAAUUCGAUUGUAGUCAUGUAACCUAAUACUGCAGGCAAAAAAUGAGAUAUGCAAGAUAUUCAUUAAAUGCAGUUUCUGUAAAAUUGCA